AUGAUAAGGAACACAGGAGUGAAAUGUGGAUGGCACAUAAAAAGGAGAAGAGACAACCCCUUAUUCCGGAUAAUAAGUAGUUCAACCGGAGCAACUGGUGCAGUUGCUACAAAAUAUGGAAUCCCCGCGGGAAGCUCAUCCUCUCCAUUGAGGAGUGAACUGACCGAGAUGGUAGCCCGACAAAAACAACGGGGAUGGAAAUUAUCGGAGAAUCGCUCCCCGUCCGGAUCAACACCAUAUAAUAUUGCCGUAUCACCAGCGUGA